AGCUGGAAUCUGAUUGGCUGUUGCGGUUUGAAGCCUUGGAGAUGGUGUUCAUGGCUACCUGUCUGUAUUUGUACUCUAAUGGAGAUCUGAAGCGGAUGUGAAUAUGGAUGCAGAACGCAAAGGCUGUUUCAAAACGACAAGACAUUAAUGAACGGGACACAGGAGCGUCUGAGCCCCGUACUGCGAGAUGUGACAGGAUGCUGAACCAUCACUGCAGAAGGAACCCAGAGUUACAGGAGGAGCUGCAGAUCCAGGCGGCGGUGGCAGCCGGCGAUGUCUACACCGUCCGCAAGAUGCUGGAGCAGGGCUACUCGCCCAAGAUCAGGGACGCCAACGGCUGGACACUGCUGCACUUCUCUGCGGCGAAGGGAAAGGAGCGCUGCGUGCGCGUGUUCCUCGAACACGGAGGGCAGCCCAGGACUUUGCAGGAUCUGUGCAGGAUAAAGAUCCGGCAGUGCAUCGGCCUGCAGAGCCUGAAGUUUCUGGAAGAGCUGCCCAUUGCCAAGGUCAUGAAGGACUACCUGAAACACAAGUUCGACAGCGUUUGA